AUGACUUUGAAGGCAUUUCUUGCUGUUGCUUUACAUACGUAUUCACACUGCCUGGGUCUACAAGCGUUCAUCUGUUUUUCAGGCCGGCAAUUAAUUGAAAAGGAGGACCUCUUGCGUUUCAACAAUGACUUCUUUCAUGCAUACCACUUCUCCUGCACUCACUGCAGGAUUGCUCUGACCAAUGAAGCGAGACUUUUCGACAAAGAAUGGUAUUGUCCGCGUUGCUUUGAUAUGCGAUGCGAAACCUGUGCUGGAUGUCACAAACCAAUUGACAAACAAAAUGAGCGUAGCACGCUUGCUUUGGGGAAAUCUUUCCAUCAUUUCCGCUGUGCAAAGUGUGACGAGGCAUUCAUGGGAACGAAACACUAUGAACGCAAUGGCAAGGCCUACUGCAAAGAUGAUUUCAUGAUGUUGUGCGGGGAAUUCUGUUAUCGAUGCAACAGUUUCCUUUCUGGAGCUAGUGUUAACGUCUUGGGGAAGAAGUGGUGUAUCAAUUGUUACAGAUGUUUGGCAUGUGAUCGAGUACUAGAGCAUAGGUCUCUUUCAACAAAUUUCGGUACUUUCGGUAAUUGUAAAUCACUAGUUACAGAGAGGAAGUUUUCAACCUUGAUAUGCGCCCAAUGUGCAAAAAAUGCUUUCGUAGAAAGGAUUUUCGCCACUACCUGA